AGAAAUUUCCGUCUCGUCGACGAUCCGCCAUCGAACGCCUUUGCCGACAUCUGCUCAUCUGCAUUCGCUAUUGUUUGGUUUGUUUAGCAGCUUAACUCGAUCGUCUUCACCAGUGAACUUGAGAAGGAGACGAGACCAGGCCGCUGUCUCCUUCUCGUUGACCAUACAUGCUUCGACGAAUCAGCUGGCUGACUUUUUUGCCUCAUCAAACUUUUUUUUUACCUCUCUAUUUAUUUAAAAAUAGUAAUAUUAUGAUUACUAUUAUUAAAAAAAAAAAACUCCUUUAAAGAAAAAAAAAAUUAUUUAUAUGAGGCUGUCAGUGGUGCUUCGAGUCUUCGUGUACGUUAAUUGUAGAAAGCUGGAAACCCUUUUUAGCGACAGCUGAUCAGCGAGCAUUCCAAUUCCCAGAGAUACUGCCAGAUUGCUUGAAAGAUAUUUAUGCUAGGAUGAAAGGCAAAAGCAGUUAUGUGCCACCACCUUAUGUUCCGCUGGACCAGUCGGAGUUGGAAGCAGAUAUUCUUCCACAUAAUGAAGAUGUUGCAGUUGCAGAGGACAUAAGCAGCAGACCAACGCAGUGGACAUCUGGAAUCUGUGCUUGUUUCGAUGAUAUGCAGAGUUGCUGUAUAGGUCUUUUUUGCCCAUGUUUUCUUUUUGGGAAAAAUGCGGAAUUUUUGGGUUCUGGAACUUUGAUGGGAUCAUGCACCACCCAUUUUAUUUUGUGGGCUUUUGUCAACACCGUCUGUUGCUUGUUGACUGAUGGUCUUUUGUUGGGGCUACCUGGAUGCUUUGUUUCAUGUUAUGCCUGCGGCUACCGUAGGUCACUUCGAGCAAAAUAUAAUUUGCAGGAGGCACCAUGUGGGGACUUUGUUACUCACUUUUUUUGCCAUUUAUGUGCCAUUUGCCAAGAGUAUAGAGAGAUUAGAGAAAGAGCUAGUGAUUCCAAUUCAUCUAAUACAAAUCUGGCUAUGGUCACUGCCCCUCCAAUUCAGAUGAUGGACUGCAGUUCACAGGAAUGAACCAUUGUCUUCCUACAAUUGAAUCAGCAUGGUUGUUCGGUUUCUGCCGUGUUAUCACAGUUUUUUUUUUCUUGUAUCUGAUUGCACGAACAUGUGAUUUGCGUACUUGCUGUAUCCUUAUAGCCUGCUGUCAGACGUGAACUUUUGGAAAAUAUGCAUCCGCAACUAUUUUUCACCUGCCGGCAUUUUCUUCCUUCAUCUAGCCAAUCAUGUCAUUCCCAACUAUGUUUGUUAUGAAGCUGUUAUACCAUGCACUGGAAAGCCUACUGCAGUAUUUUUCUUUUCAGGCUAUUCACAGCGGCAAAUUAGAUCAUUAAAAACAAUCAAUUUGUCCUUGUUAUUAGUGAACUGCUCGAUGAAAACAUUACAGAGAUUGUAAUAAAGUAAUAGUUUUGGACGCUC